AAAAAACUGCCCAUCCCUCCCCAAUUCUCUCAUAAAUCCUUAGUCCACCCCUACCCCAAUCCCUCUUUUCUUGCUAGCUAAAAAGACGAGCUGUCUCGUCAAAAGGUAUAUGACAGACAAUUCAUCCGAUUCCUACACCUACUACUCAUUUCCCCCAACCCCCAACCGAAACUCUCCCCGCUCACGAUCUAUUUCCAGCACUGUUUCUGCUGCUUCCCAACGAACCCUCAGAACCACCCGAGAACCUUUAGAAGAAGAAGAAGAUUCCGACAUGGCUCCAUCUCCAGCAGCUGGCAAGGGUGACACCCCCCGCACCCCAACCAAGCUUGGACGAAAGCCAGCAGCAAGUGGUGCGCCAAAGUUGGGCAAAGGCACUAAAUCUCCACCGGUGCAGGCGCCGGAGACAGAUACCCCCAAUUUGCCUCCGCGCCCAUCCGAGGAGACGCUAAGAGAGAAGGCGGAAGACGCGCCGGAGAAUGUGGCAGAUACGAAGGCCCAGGCAGAGGACACCGAGGCCGAAGUAGAAGAAACUACCGAAGACAGAACAGGAAAGGUAUCGCAAGCAGAUGAUGAACUUGAACAGGCGGAGCCGAAACCGAUAGAAGAGACCGAAGACACCGUUGCUGGAGCCGAGGAGGAAGCCGAGGAGACGGGAGACGAUGCAACACAGAAAGCUGGAGACGAAGCCCUCGAUACGGGAGAAGAAAACACCGAGGACGAUGUCACAGACGCCGCAGGCGAAGCAGCAGAGGAAGGCGAGGAACAAGCAUCUGGCGCUGUGAGUGGCGCAGGUGGUCUCGCAGGGCGAGCUCAGGGGUUGGCUGACAAAGGUACUCAAGAUCCAGUUGAUGCCGCGAAGGAUACUGCAGGCGAGGCUGCAGAGGGCGCAGAAGAUACUGCAGGUGAAGCUACUGAGGGCGCUGAGGAUGCCGUCAAUGGUGUCAAGGACACUGCCGAGGAGGCUACUGGUGAACUUCCAACACCCGACCUAUCAGUUCUCAAAGGCCUUGAGGUAGAUGAGGAGGGUGUAGUCCACGAUAAGGACGGAAACGCAAUUGGUCGACUCGUCGAGGGUGAUGCAGAAGAUCUCGCUGGUUACACGAUUGGCGACGAUGGCGAGAUUCUUGAUGACGAUGGCGAUCUUGUCGGUCGCUGCGAACUCCUCCCUGAAACCGCGAAAGAGCAACUUUCCAAGGCUCAAGAUGCCACCGAUGGCGCCAAGAUGCCCGAUAUCAGCAUCUUGAAGGGUCUUACUGCUGACAAGACGGGCCAAAUCCUAAACGAAGACGGCGACUUUGUCGGCCGUCUAGUCGAGGGUGAUCCCUCAAAGAUUGAGGGUAUGGAGUUUAAUGAGAAUGGCGAAAUCCUCGACGAAGAUGGCAACGUUAUUGCUCGCGCUGAGCUCCAUCCCGACGCCGCCGAACUAGUCGAUCAAGAAGAGGAGGAGGCCGAGGACGACCUUGUUGAUGGUGUUGCUGACCAGGCUGGUGAAGCUUCUGGCGGAGUUGAAGAAGGUGCCGAUGGAGCUGUUGGUGGCGUCGAAGAGGCAGCUGAAGCUGUUGAGGCCGAACUUCCCGGCGUCGAGGCUCUUGAAGGCAUGCAAGUCAACUCCGAGGGUGAAAUCGUCAACGACGAAGGCGAUGUUAUCGGCCAGCUUGCUGAGGGUAACAUUGACGACGUCAAAGGCCUCACCGUCAACGAUCAAGGCGAGGUUGUCGAUGCUGAUGGUAAUGUGCUUGGCAAGGUCGAACUUGCUGAGGGCGCCGCCGACAAACUCAAAGAGGCUGCUGCCGGAGCACUCGAUGUACGCAUUCUGGAGGGUCUGAAGGUCAAUAAGAAGGGCAAAGUGCUCGAUGAAGAAGGUGAAGAGAUUGGAGAACUCAAAGAGGGUGAUAUCAAAGUCUGCGCUGGAAAGAUUGUGAACGACAAAGGUGAAGUCACCGACAAGGACGGCAAUGUUAUCGGAAAGUUGGAUGUUGUAUCCGGCGAGGCUGCUUUCGAGGCCAUGAAGGCACUUAAGGAGAGGCUUAGCGACGCUCAAGAACCCGAGGUUAAGGAAGUCAUCCCUGACCUUGACAUCCUCGAGGGCUUAAAGGUCAACAAGAAAGGCCAGGUCUUAAAUGAAGAUGGUGAACCAAUUGGCGAGCUCACCGAAGGAGAGCUCAGGGAUUGUGCCGGAAAGAAAAUUAACGCGAAGGGUGAGGUUCUUGACAAGGAUGGAAAGGUCAUCGGCAAGGUCCGUACUUUACCACAGAUGAUCGAGCAGACCGCCGAGGAAGCCGAAAAAGCAGCCGAAGCAGCCGAAGAGUCUGGCGAAGUCGCUGAAGAAGCUGCCGAGGCUGCCGAAGCUACUGAGGAAGUAGGUGACCAACUUCCGCCCCUCUCUAUCCUUGAGGGCCUCAGCGUCAACAAAGCCGGAAAGCUCGUCGAUUCGAACGGUACUAUCGUCGGUGAGCUUGUCCAGGGCGAUGCCAAGAAGCUCUCUAAAUCCGGCAUUACUUGCGAUGCCGAAGGCCAAUUCUGGGACAACAAGGGCCACAUCAUCGGACGUGCGAAGACGGUUGCUAUCGAAGAACCGGAUGAAGAAGCUCCAUUCGCCGGUCUCGAAGGCCUUAUUGUCGUCAAAGAUGGAUUUGUUGAGGAUGAGAAUGGCAAUCGUGUCGGCCAAGUCGUCGAAGGAGACGCGAAGAAACUCGUUGGCCGUGCUGUUGACGAAGACGGGGAUAUCAUCGACAAGAAGGGCUCCGUGGUCGGCCAUGCAGAGCGCUGGGAAGAGCCCGAGGAGGAAGCGCCGCCUGAGGAAGACCCUGUGGACCUCUCGAGCCUUGCUGGCAAGACUGUCAACAAGCAGGGCAACGUCAUCGGGGAUGAUGGUGUUCCCGUCGCACGACUCAUUGAGGGUAAUUCGAAGGAACUUGCAGGCAAAAAGCUUGACGACAACGGCCAGAUCUGGAACGACUCAGGAAAGGUCGUCGGCCGUGUCGAGCUUAUUCCUCUUGAGGAGCGCGAAGUCAAGCCUGAGGGUCCUUUCGCUGGUCUCGUAGGUCUCCGCGUCAUUCCCGAUGGCAAGAUUGCUGAUGAGGACGACAACGUUGUUGGCGUUAUUGUCGAAGGAAAUCCUAAGCGCCUCGUUGGUAUGGCUGUUGAUGAGGAUGGUGAUAUUCUCGACAAGUAUGGUAACGUCAAGGGCCAUGGUGAGCCGCUUGAGGAAGAGGAAGAGAUUCCCGAUGACUUAUCGAUACUCGAGGGACUCACCCUCAACAAGCAAGGGUACCUUGUUGACGCUAAUGGAAUUCCCGUCGGUCGCCUGGUUGAAGGCAACCUCAAGGACCUAGCUGGUCGUAAGUCUGAUGGCGAGGGUCUGAUCCACAACGACACUGGCAAAGUAGUUGGCCGCUGCGGGCUUAUCCCCGAAAAUGAGCGUGUUACCAAGCAGGAAGGUCCGUUUGCAGGCUACGAGGGCUUGCGUGUUGUCAAGGAUGGCUUUGUCGAAGAUGUUGAUGGCAAUACUGUUGGUAUCAUCACCGAAGGCGACCACAAGAAGCUCGUCGGCCACUCUGUUGACGAGGAUGGCGACAUUAUCGACAAAUACGGCAAUGUCAAGGGUCACGCCGAGCCCUGGCAAGAAGAGGAGCCCGAGGAAAUUGACCUCAGCGCUCUUGCUGGCUGCACUGUCAACAAGGCUGGUAAUGUUGUCGAUGCCAAUGGUACCAUCCUUGGUCGCGUUUCCGAGGGCGACCCAGCUACCAUGAUCGGCAAAAAAGUUGACGGGAAAGGACAGAUUUGGGACAAUGAAGGAAAUGUCAUUGGCCGCGCUGAACUUGUUAAGGGUGCUUCGUCUGGACCUGAAGGGCCCUUUGCUGGGUUCGAUAACAACAAGGUGGCUAAGGAUGGUACUGUUCAGACCGAAGAUGGUGACAUCAUUGGUCGUGUCAUUGAGGGUGAUGUCAAGAGGCUUGUUGGCCACAAGGUCGAUGAAGAUGGAGAUAUAAAUGACAAGAACGGCAAUGUCAUCGGCAAAGCUGAGCGUUGGGAGCCAGAAGAGAAGGAACGUCGCAUCAACCCCAUGGCUGGCAUGCACGUCAACAAAGACGGUGAGGUUCGUGACGAGAAUGGCGAUCUUAUCGGUCGUCUAACUGCUGGCGACCUUGGCCAUUGUGCUGGUCUUGAGAUCGACGACAACGGCUAUGUUGUUGACAACGACGGCAACAAAGUUGGUGAGGUUACUCUCUUGGAAAAUAUCCAGGAAGAGGAGCCUGAGGAUGAAACUGAGGAGGAGCGUAAGAGACGCGAGGAUGCUGAGCUCGCGGACAAGAUGGCGAAUAUUUGCCAGCAGACGCUUGAGCGCAUCCAGCCCGUCUGCAAACAGAUUACCGAGUACAUCGAAGCCGCAGAUCGUACACCUCGCGACGAACUCGACGAAGAAGAACUGGUCAACAACGUCAAGCCACUUAUUGAAGAAGGCGCUCGCAUCCUUCAAGAGUGCAACGGCUCGCUCCGCGGCCUCGAUCCUGAUGGCCGCAUAGCUGCCCAGGCAAAGGGCCGUUCCGAGACUCGAGAAGCCACACCCGAAGAAUACCGUCUCGCCGACUUGCUCAAGGAACUCACAACCACCGUUGUCACAACCAUCGACAACGCCAAAAAGAAGAUUGCGGAUAUGCCGCAUGCGAAGAAGAAGCUGAAUCCUCUUUGGGCGCUGCUUACUGAGCCCCUGUUCCAGAUUAUCGCUGCUGUGGGCUUGCUUCUGACUGGUGUGCUCAACCUCGUCGGCAGACUACUUAAUGGUCUAGGUCUAGGCGGUCUGGUCAAUGGCCUUCUAGGCGGCCUUGGCAUCAACAAACUCCUUGGUGGCCUGGGUCUCGGAAGCAUUUCAGAGAUGCUUGGUGGUGGAAAGAAGAAGGAGAAGGGUGGAGGUGCCAAGUCCUUACCUCUUGUCGGUGGUCUCUUGGGCGGAAAGUAAAACGCCACUUCAAAUUUGGUGCGCAACAGCGGAGUAGGACACGCUGGAUGAUAUAUGUAAUGAUACCAUACCCGCCCCUGGCAGAAGAAUAUUGUCCUCACACUCGGAUCGGGGGGUCUUAAGGUGAGGUUCGUUGGACUUCUGCCAAGGUAGACGGGAAGCAGGGCGAACUAAAAUUUCUUGUUCCUAUCUACUUUUAGAUCCUGUCGUUUGACGGCUUCUCUGUUCAGCAUUUCUCUGUUGGGUUUUUGCUUUGGGUUUGAUCGCUUCGGCGUUCAUGUGGGGAUUGGCAAAGCGGUUUGGCUUUUGUAUAAUUGUAUAGUUUGAUGGGCAAUGAACCGUUUAGUACUUCAA